UCAUCAGCAGACGACCCUUUUGUAACCCACUAUGCUUUAAAAUGUAAACUGUGGGGGCAUUUUCCUUGCAUUGUCCAGAAGGAACUUUCUCCUGCCUGAGCCUGGAUUAAUCAUGAGAGAGCUCGUCAACAUUCCACUGGUACAUAUUCUUACUUUGGUUGCCUUCAGCGGGACUGAGAAACUUCCAAAAGCUCCUGUCAUCACUACUCCUCUGGAAACAGUAGAUGCCUUAGUUGAAGAAGUGGCUACUUUCAUGUGUGCAGUGGAAUCCUAUCCCCAGCCUGAAAUUUCCUGGACCAGAAAUAAAAUUCUCAUUAAGCUCUUUGACACCCGGUACAGCAUUCGCGAGAACGGGCAGCUCCUCACCAUCCUGAGCGUGGAAGACAGUGACGAUGGCAUCUACUGUUGCACAGCCAACAACGGCGUGGGGGGCGCCGUGGAGAGCUGCGGGGCUCUUCAAGUGAAGAUGAAGCCGAAAAUAACUCGUCCUCCCAUAAAUGUAAAAAUAAUAGAAGGAUUAAAGGCAGUUCUACCAUGUACCACAAUGGGCAAUCCCAAACCAUCAGUGUCAUGGAUUAAAGGGGACAGUGCUCUCAGGGAAAAUUCCCGCAUUGCAGUUCUUGAAUCUGGGAGUUUAAGGAUUCAUAAUGUGCAAAAGGAAGAUGCAGGACAUUAUCGAUGUGUGGCAAAAAACAGCCUCGGGACGGCAUAUUCCAAAUUGGUGAAGCUGGAAGUUGAGGCUCUUAAUAUGACAAAUGCCACAGAGAGAGAAGAAAGUGAACCUGAACAAGAUACUAAAGUUUUUGCCAGAAUCCUGCGGGCACCUGAAUCCCACAAUGUCACAUUUGGCUCCUUUGUGACCCUUCGCUGCACAGCAACAGGCAUCCCUGUCCCCACCAUCACCUGGAUUGAAAACGGAAAUGCUGUUUCUUCUGGGUCCAUUCAAGAAAGUGUGAAAGACCGAGUGAUUGACUCAAGGCUGCAGCUGUUUAUCACUAAGCCAGGACUCUUCACAUGCAUAGCUACGAACAAGCAUGGAGAGAAAUUCAGCACUGCAAAGGCCGCAGCCACCAUCAGCAUAGCAGAAUGGAGUAAACUACAGAAAGAUAACAAAGGUUACUGCGCCCAGUACAGAGGGGAGGUGUGUGAUGCUGUCCUGGCCAAAGACGCUCUUGUCUUCUUCAACAACUCCUAUGCAGACCCGGAGGAGGUCCAAGAACUACUGGUUCACACCGCCUGGAAUGAACUGAGAGCAGUGAGCCCAUUUUGCCGGCCGGCUGCCGAGGCUUUGCUGUGUAAUCACAUCUUCCAAGGCUGCAGCCCUGGAGCAGUGCCUACUCCUACACCCAUCUGCAGAGAAUAUUGCCUGGCAGUGAAGGAGCUCUUCUGUGCAAGAGAGUGGCUGGAAAUGGAAGAAAAGGCUCACAGAGGACUCUACAGAUCCGGGACGUACCUGCUCUCCGUGCCAGAUUGCAACAAGCUCCCCAGCAGGCACUGGGACCCCAUGACCUGUACCAGCCUGCCAUAUUUAGAUUAUAAAAAAGAAAACCUAACAACAUUCCCACCCAUGACAUCCUCAAAGCCGAGCGUGGACAUUCCAGACUUGCCUUCCUCUUCCUCUUCCUCCUUCUCUGUCUCACCUACAUACUCCAUGACUGUAAUAAUCUCCAUCAUGUCCAGCUUUGCCAUAUUUGUGCUUCUUACUGUAACUACUCUUUAUUGCUGCCGAAGACGAAAACAAUGGAAAAAUAAGAAAAGAGAAUCGGCAGCGGUGACCCUCACUACUCUUCCUUCUGAGCUCUUGCUAGACAGACUUCAUCCUAACCCCAUGUACCAGAGGAUGCCACUCCUUCUGAAUCCCAAAUUGCUCAGCCUGGAGUACCCAAGGAAUAACAUUGAAUAUGUGAGAGAUAUUGGAGAGGGAGCCUUUGGAAGGGUCUUUCAAGCAAGGGCUCCGGGCUUACUUCCCUAUGAACCUUUCACAAUGGUGGCAGUGAAGAUGCUCAAAGAAGAAGCCUCCGCAGACAUGCAAGCAGACUUCCAGAGGGAGGCAGCUCUCAUGGCAGAAUUUGAUAACCCUAACAUUGUGAAACUCUUAGGCGUGUGUGCAGUCGGGAAACCCAUGUGCCUGCUCUUCGAAUACAUGGCCUACGGCGACCUCAACGAGUUCCUCCGCAGCAUGUCCCCGCACAGCAGGCGCAGCCUCAGUCACGGCGACCUGUCCGGGAGGGCCCAGGCGUCCAGCCCUGCCCCGCCGCCCCUCUCCUGCGCCGAGCAGCUCUGCAUCGCCAGGCAGGUGGCCGCUGGCAUGGCUUACCUCUCGGAGCGCAAGUUUGUGCACCGGGAUCUGGCCACCCGGAACUGCCUGGUGGGCGAGAACAUGGUGGUGAAAAUCGCCGACUUCGGCCUCUCCAGGAACAUCUACUCGGCGGACUACUACAAAGCUAACGAAAACGACGCCAUCCCCAUCCGCUGGAUGCCGCCCGAGUCCAUCUUCUACAACCGCUACACCACCGAGUCGGACGUGUGGGCCUACGGCGUGGUGCUGUGGGAGAUCUUCUCGUACGGCCUGCAGCCCUACUACGGCAUGGCCCACGAGGAGGUCAUCUACUACGUGCGCGACGGCCACAUCCUCGCCUGCCCCGAGGACUGCCCCCUGGAGCUGUACAACCUGAUGCGCCUGUGCUGGAGCCAGUUGCCCGCCGACAGACCCAGCUUCCCCAGUAUUCACCGCAUCCUGCAACGCAUGUGCGAGAGGGCGGAGCGCACGGGCAGCGGCUGAGGGCGGAAGGCUGCCCCUGGGGAAACGCUGUCGGGUCUGGGACUCGAAGAACCACCGCCCCGGGCCCCAGAUGGGAAGGAAUGCGGGCGCACACCGGAAGCGUGCGGUCUGCGGCUCGGGCAGAACGGAGCAUGCGCAGAACUCACGCGGGAGACCGACCCAUCGCAAGUCCGCUGUUGGAAAGGCCACCUGGGUCUCCUGUGCGGGAGAGUGGCAUCUUUUUCGGUCCCUGAAUUAGCUGGCAGCACAGACUCUGCUGCAUUACAUUUUAAUACGAAAUGUGAUGCAGAGCUUCAUUUUUUAAAUAGAGUUAAUUCCCGUCCGUUAUGAAAGUAGUGUAUCUUCGUGGAAGACGUUUAGGUCAAGUACGGAACGCUAAGAAGGAAAAACCAUUCAUCGUCUCCCCACCCGAAGACGGGUGCUGGUUUGUUUUCUUAUUGAAUUACUUUCUCGCAUUUAUGAGUCAUUUUAUAUUUGUUUGUAUUCUACAGAGUUGUGGUUAUACUUUAUUGAGAGAGGGCUUCUAAGGAAUAAAAUGGUAAAUCAGUAAGGCUGUAUUUUUAUUGUGAUUUUUAGUUUCCUUUUCUUUGUGAUGCUUCUGCGGAAGUUUCUCCUUUGUGUGUGCCCCUGUCAUAAAUUUCAUCUGCUUAUUUUAUUCCUACGGUUUUUCUGAAAAAAACUUUUUGUGUCUCAUUAAUUUACCUUUUUCUUUGAAAUUUUUAUUGAUUAUCUUUUCCUUCGCUUUCUUUA